AUGGGCAGAGCUGCUGGAAUCGACGAAAUGUCUUCUCCUCCUGAGAUGUUUAAACGUUAUGACGUCAACGACGCGUACUUUGAAGAAACAUCACUGAAAGACUCGAACCGUACCCGUAUCACGGUUACCGCUGAUUUGCAACGCAGCCCACUUUCCGCUGAAGCAUCGCUAUGCAACGCUGCUUUGUACACCUCUGUCUCUGAUGCCCUUAACCAGUUGACCCCAUACCCAACCAGAACGUUGCCGGUUAAUAUCCCGAAACCUCACAACGCGGAACACGAUGGAGGGGACAACGGAAUACCCCCCGUCCCUCCGUGUACUCCGUGUUCUCCGUUGUUCUGGUCUUCGAUGCAGCAGCAGCAGCAGCAGCAGCAGAACCUUCGUGAAAAUGUCAGCGCCUCGAUUAUGCGAGGAACACGUUCAGCGAAUGAUCAGUUGAUGGAUGAUCAAUGA